UGUCACGUGACUCUCUAUUGUGCGGACGGGGUGGUUUUGCGCCACAACAACAAACAAAAUGGCGGACGCUGAAGCUGCAUCGUCUAGCAGCGAUCUUCAGGAAAUACAAGAAGUUGAAGAUAAAACAGAUGAGUUUGCUGAGCCAGAAAGUAAGAGAAGGAAAGUACUAAAACGAACUGAUGGAAACCCUGAGAAGUUAGAACAAAGACUUGGGGGUAUUCUAUGCUGCGCAGUUUGUUUGGACCUCCCAAAGGCAGCAGUUUAUCAGUGUACAAAUGGUCACCUGAUGUGUGCAGGGUGCUUCACCCAUGUUCUGGCAGAUGCAAGGUUAAGAGAUGAAAUUGCUACAUGUCCCAAUUGUAGGAUUGAAAUAAGUAAAACAUCAGCUUCACGUAAUUUAGCCGUUGAAAAAGCUGUUAGUGAAUUACCUUCAGAAUGCCAGUUUUGUGGUAAAGAAUUUCCUCGAAAUACUCUGGAGAGGCAUGAAGAGUCACUUUGCGAAGAAAGAAUCACAAAUUGCAAGUACAGCCGCAUAGGUUGCCCUUGGCGAGGUCCAUUUCAUGAAGAGAGCUCACAUGAGGCAACUUGCACUCACCCACAUCGCUCAGGAGCAGAGGUUAUGGACGCCCUCCAAGAUAUUGACCAGAAACGUGAGGAAGAGAAAAGACUGUAUGACAGUAUCUUUGAUCUCCUGUCCUGCGAAAAAAUCAGCUUUCAAGAUUUGCAGAUGAAGCCGUAUCGAACAGAUGAGUUUGUACACAAGUUGUUCUACGAGACAAGCCGUUUCUCAGCACUCAACAACCAGUGGGUGGUGAAGGCACGCAUUAACAAUAGCCAGCGUGAUCCAACUCAGAGCUCCGAAAGGGAUAUGACAUAUCAGCUGAUCCUGAAAACCAAGACAGCAUGUCCUCUGACCACCCACUUUUUAAUAUUGCGAGGUCCUUUUGGUGACAUGAAAGUGAGUCCCAAGAUUCACAAAUUCGAGUUUACUGAUCAGGAAAAUGAAAGUCCGUACGUUCAACUUCCAUUGCCAGACACUGCAGAAUGCAACCGUUUACUGGCUGCGAAGGCUAUCAACUUCAGGUUGAUCAUGUUUGUGAUGUCGAAGUAGCAGUUACUGGACACAGACUGCUGUUGAAGAACUUGUAGGUGGUUUCAGCACACCUGUGCUUCAGAUGUUGCUUUUCAUGCCUGUAGUUUAUUGUUUGUUGUGAACUAGUUAGCUUGGUUGUAUAUUUCAUAUUAACAUCUAUAGUGUCUGUUGUUAGUGACUCUUAAUCAAGAAUUACUCAAAUUUUUUGAAGAAAUAAAAAAUUACAGCAAUAUUCUUUUGCUAAUAAUCUACUUAGUUACUGUGACUGUAGUGACGUGAAACUUAAGAACGUUUUUAAAUAAUUUUAAAUGUAUUUCAAGGAUAUAUGCUAAAGAAUUCUUUGCAGCUUUUCUUAAUAUCAGUUUAUUUUACUGAGUAUUUUUACAAGGAAUAUUCCAUUAAGUGUUUCCUUCUGAAUUCCUAUACAUGUGAUCUGAUUUAUUUAUUGUGAUGCAGGAUGAAUAUAACCAAAGUCACUAUUUUUUUCUUUUGUGUGUUAUAAAUUCUAAUUUUAUGUUAUGUAUUUACUUGUUGUUAAUGAUUGUUUAUAAUUGUGGCACAGGCAUAUAUUAAUAAUGUAACAUACAAUUGAUGUAAUGACACUGUGAAUUUCUACAGUCUACUGAAAAAAAUCACUGUUGUAAACAUAAGAUCCUUGUACAUGCACCUACUUUGCUUGUCAUUCAUUAUAACUAUCCAGUUUUUUUUACAUCACACACAGUUCUUGAGGAAACCUAAUAAUUUAUUUUCUCACUGUGCAGUAUUAAAAAUUAGAAAGUGAGAGACAACAAAAAGUAUAGAAAUAUUGUAAUUGCCCAAACUACUUUACAAAUUAUUGGAUAUAUUGAAUGUAGUAACAUUUAACUGUAGUGUAAAGGUUUAUUUAAUUCCUUAUGUCCAUGCCUACUAAUGUUUAUUUGGUUAUGUUGCUGCAGAGUACAUCCUCAAAAACUGUUUCCACUUUCACAUUAAAAUUCAAACAGUUGUCCAAUUCACAGUCGUACAGCUUACUAAUUUGGGAGAUCAGUCGCGUAGCUUGAGUGUAACAUUUUCAAAGUUAUCAUUAGCCAGUACAGCUGACAAGACCACACAACAGCAAGUAAUUAUUAUUUGAGAAAUAAUAAUGUUCUGAUUAAUAAUUUGUAAGAGGUAGUUUGUUAAUAAAGAACUGUCACACUUGA